AUGCCCACAUUCACAUCAGUGAUCAGUGUGGUACCCGGUCUGGCCUCGAUGGCACCUCAAUUGGCGACCAGCAUCAUAGGACAGUGUCUAAUAUGUGGCGAACCGUCGACUGGAAAGCACUACGGAAUCGUUGCCUGUCUCGGGUGUAAAACGUUUUUUCGCAGAGCAGUCGUCCAACGACAGGAUACAGAAUGUAAACGAGAGAAGGCAUGCGACACGACGACGAUGGCUCGGAAGGCGUGCCGUGCGUGUCGAUACAGAAAAUGUUUGGAGAGUGGAAUGAGCAAGGAAGCUCUCCAACCCCGACGAGACCUUAUCGGAUGCCGACGGAUUCGAUCGCGACCCAGUUGCUCGCAUUCCACACCGACACCUCCACGAGCCCAUAUAGAGGACAAGAGUCAGUAUUUGACACUAUUGGACAAUUUGACAAUUAUUGAUGAGAGGUUACGGAAAAAGAAACUGGAAGUGGUGACGUCACGACAGACGGCUAUUGAUUUGGCGAAGCUAACGAAACAAGGGUGCAUGAGUGCGGCCGAUGUUGCUGGACCAUCGACAUCCCGAUACAUUCCAGGUGGAACGUCGCCAAACGGUAGUGAUCAUAAAAUGAUGGUGAUGCUGGGAACGGAUAUUUCCGUCGCCACACAAACCGAACUAUUGAUGAUGUUGGAAUGGACGAGGACUCUUCCAGUUUUCGCGGCUCUUCCAGUCUCCGAUAGAAAUGUGAUUUUGAAACGCUUCGCUGUGCAUUGUUUGAUUUUGGAACAUGGAUAUUAUACGGCAUUGGCGAAUAUCGACGAUGUUUGGCUGAUUACGAAUGGCACUUGUAUGCCGAGAAAUGUGGAGAAAUUGGAGGAAGGAAGUCGGAUUUCCGUCUCAGCCGAUCGUCGAUGGCGUCAGGAAAAGCUGUACAAACAAAUGACGGACUGUUGUAUCGAUGAAGUUGCCACGCCACUCAGAAAUCUGAAGUUGAGCCCACAAGAAAUGGUGGUCAUCAAAAUUAUUGUCCUCUUCAACUGUGGUUGUUCAUCAGAUUACUCUGAAAUUUCGGAACAAUCGCGACGAGUCGUGCUGACGUUCCGAAACAAAGUGAUAUCCGCACUUUUCGCGUAUUAUGAAAGUGUUGGACAACAAAAUUACGCUGAGCGAUUUGGGAAUUUGGUACUAAUGUUAUCUGGAGUCUCAUCUGCAGCCGCCACGAUGCUUGAAGCUUAUCAGGUGAUGCGACUCUUCAAAAUCACUCCAUUCGAUACGUUGACCCAAGAACUUCUCUUCAAUAUUUGA